AUGUCAUCUCGAUCUGAAGACGUUGAGACUUUGGAGAGGCUGAAUGUAAAGAUCAUCCGUCUCCAAAAUAAACUGGCCAAGCGGAAUGAUGAGUUCAAUGCGCUGGUCGAACAAGUACGACAAGCUCGCGAAAAGGGGAUGUCUCGGGAGGAAGAGCGUCGGUGCAUCCAAAAGAUGCGUAUGGUAAGCUACCAAAUUCGAACUAUUGAGCGUCGCUUUGAUCAUCUCUGGGACAAGAAGCUCUACUUUCUACAGCUUUGCAGCAGGGAUGGUGGCAUUUAG